AUGGCCACCCGUCCUCUUAAGAGGAGAAAGGUCACUCCCCCUAGGGACGAUGGGCAAGAUGCUGCCGAACGCGAAGCCAAGAUCCAGAAGGCUUUCUUGAAGAACGCUGCUAGCUGGGACCUCGAGGAGGCAUGGGAAUCGCGGCCGAGGAAAGGCAAGAAAAAAGACAAGAAGAAGGAUGAGGAGCGUCCGGGAAGGCUACCCAUCAGGACAGAGCAGGGCACCUGGCAGGUCCAAGACGACGUCGAGUCAAUACCCAGUGACGCCGAAUGGCUCGACAGCGACGGCGAGCUGGCCGUUGAGCAACAACUGGAACCUGUCGCCCCCGCCCCUGCCCCUGAACCGCCCAAGAUUUCCGAGAAGGAACAGAUUCGGCAGGCGCAAGAAGAGCUGGCGAAGAUUGCGACGCAAUUGAACGAAAACCCCGAGGAAUACCCCGGCCACUUCAAAGCCCUCGCCCGCAUUGGCGAGACUCCAAUUCUUGCUAUUCAGAAGCUAUGCAUUGUAACACAGAUGGCUGUUUAUAAAGAUGUCAUCCCCGGAUAUCGGAUACGACCCCUGGGUGAGGAUGCCGUGAACGAGAAGGUCUCUAAGGAGGUGAAGCGACUGAGGACAUACGAACAAGCUCUCGUCGCCGGGUAUCAUGGCUACCUCAAGACCCUUGCAACCUACGCUGCCUCAUCAAUACCUGAGGAUCGCAAGGGCGAGCCUAUCUCCAGCAUUGCCUUUACUUGUGCCUGUGAGCUGGUGAAUGCAGUGCCACAUUUCAACUUCCGUGGCGAUCUCUUAAGGAUCCUUGUGAAGAAACUGAGCACUCGCAAAAUCGACCGCGACUUCGUCAAGUGCAGAGAAGCUCUGGAAAAGCUUUUUCAGGAUGAUGAGGAGGGUAACGCUUCUCAGGAAGCUGUAUCUUUGCUGAGCAAGAUGAUGAAGGCGCGCGAGUACCGGGUUGACGAGAGCGUACUCAACCUAUUCUUGCACCUCCGCUUGCUGUCUGAGUUUGUCGGCAAGGGAUCUCGUGACACAGUCAUUCGGCCUGGAGACGACCGGCCUAUUGGAAAGAAGCCAAAGAAGAAGUGGGAGUUCAGGACCAAGAAGCAACGCAAACUGCUGAAGGCGGAAAAGGAAGCCCAAAAGGUCAUGGAGCAAGCAGACGCUACGGUCAGCCACGAAGAGCGCGAGAGGAUACAGUCAGAGAUUCUGAAGAUGGUGUUUGCAACGUACUUCCGUAUCCUCAAGGCGCGUGUACCACAUCUCAUGGGCGCUGUGCUCGAGGGUCUGGCCAAGUAUGCUCACCUCAUCAACCAAGACUUCUUCGGAGACCUCCUUGAGGCGCUCAAAGACCUCAUUCGCGACACAGACAGGCUGGAGGAGGAAGACGGACCCGAUAGCUCACAAGACGAUGAUCAGGGCGUCUCAGUUGUCCGGGACACCAGCCGUGAGUCUCUGCUCUGCACAGUCACAGCAUUCGCCCUCCUUGAAGGCCAGGACGCACACAACGCCCGCUCCGACUUGCAUCUCGACCUUUCAUUUUUCAUCACAAACCUCUACCGCAGUCUCCUUAGCCUCUCACUCAACCCAGACCUCGAGUUGGGCGCACAAUCUCUCCAUCUCAGCGAUCCGAAUGACACUUCCUCCGGCAGCACGGAAAACAGCCGGCGCAACAACAAGAUCAACUUGCAAACUACCACAGUUCUGCUCCUGCGCUGCUUGACCUCGGUACUCUUGCCCCCCUGGAACAUUCGUUCGGUGCCGCCAAUCCGCCUGGCGGCCUUCUGCAAGCAGCUCAUGACACUGGCGCUGCAAGUGCCGGAGAAGUCAAGCCAGGCAAUUUUGGGUCUGUUGCAGGACGUGGUGCAUACCCACGGGCGCAAGGUCGCUGCGCUGUGGAAUACAGAAGAGCGCAAGGGUGACGGAACCUACAAGCCACUUAGUGAGACAGUUGAGGGGAGUAACCCGUUUACGACUACUAUUUGGGAGGGAGAGCUGCUAAGGAAGCAUUACUGUCCUAAGGUCAGGGAGGGGUUGAAGGCUAUGGAGAAGGAACUGAGGUCUAUCCCUUCAUAA